UCUGCGUGGACGUCGAUUGUUGUGCGGGCGUACAUAUCCCAUGUGACACGGAAUCGUUGAGGAUUUACUCACACACGAUCCCACGUGUGCCCCGUGAAAGUGGGUUGUUUGGAAUUUGGUCGUGCGGUUGUCCAUCCUGAAGGGAUGCGGUGGCAGCAUGGCUUGCUGCUCCUGCUCCUGCUCUCAGGGGUGGCCCAUUGUCAGGUCUUCUCAUCGGUGACCCACAUGAGUCAGAUGGUCUCACUGGAGAGGAGGCUCGUGUUCAGAUUGGGAAACUUCCUCAAUCGAAUGGAACACAAGCUCAACUACUUACGAAGCUUCUUGAGCGAUUACUACCAAGCGACAGCACCCGACAACCAACUGGGCUCCUCGGAUGAGUCCUUCACCAAUAACCCCACUGCUAGUCCUAUUGACGCUUAUGCCACGAUCAAGAGGCUCACGGUCGACUGGAACGACAUAGCCGACCAGUUUAGGGAGCCCGACUGGAUCGAAGUCGAACGUGUUGUAAUGGAGACGAACGAGUCCUUCCCGAGUCAGAGCGACCUGGUAGAUGCCGGUGAAGCCCUCAUCAGGCUGCAGCAAACGUACCGUCUCAAUCUCACAGAGAUGGUGCGAGGGAACAUCUUGGGUCACAGGUCAUCUGCUCAUCUUUCAGCUCGCGACUGCCUUUACUUCGGUCAGCUGCUUUACAGCCAGGCUGACUACGCAAACGCAGCCAAAUGGCUCCAAGAGUCUCUGGACAGGCUCCAAGUGGAGCCAGAACCUUCUAUGCCGCGAAGAACCGUGCAGGCCUACUUGGACAACGCCCGAAGCAUGCUGGACGAAGAGGAAGGUCGAAGCAGAGGUCAUGCCAACAAUGUCUUACCGAAUCAAGUAAAGCCCUCUCCUCACACGCAUGCUUACAUGGAUCCCUACUACGCUCUUUGCCGUGGAGAGAAGCUAGCGACACCGCUCCAGGAAGCCAAGCUGUACUGUGCGUUCCACGCGCCCCACCCUUACUACGUCAUAGGUCCAGUCAAAAUGGAGGUCCUCAGCAUUCGACCCUAUAUUGCACAGUUCUACGACGUCAUCUCGCAGGAAGAGAUCGAUGCCAUAAGAAGCAUUGGAGAUCCUAUGCUGGACCGCGCCACGGUCAGGGACAUCGGACAGAACUUGGUGUCGACGGGUCGCGUAAGUCAAGUCGCUUGGAUUACACCGGACACGAGUGACCUCGUGGAGCGUGUGAACAGGAGGGUGUCACUUCUAACAGGGUUGUCUACGAAUUACGAUACGGGAGACUCGGAAAUCAUACAGUACAACUCAUACGGCCCUGGAGGUCAUUAUGAGCCGCAUCGGGACAUGCUCUUUGAUGAAUUCACCGAAGAAGAGAAGCAAAAUAUGGAAGAGACGGACAAGAAAUCUGGAGAUAGGAUAGCGACUUUUAUGUUCUACCUGACAGACGUAACCCUCGGAGGCUCGACGGUCUUUCCGUAUGCCAAGGCCGCUGUCUCCCCGAAGAAGGGUUCCGCCGCCUUCUGGUACAAUAUCCUUGAAGACGGCAGCUACGACGGCCGUACUCUUCACGGUGCCUGCUCCGUUCUACACGGCACGAAACACGUGGCCAACCUAUGGAUUCGGACCAACGGGCAGAUGUUUCGGCGGCCGUGUCCAGCCGUGAGCACGAAGGUCCAAUAGAGGAUCGGCAACAAGUUCCCAACACCUGUGAUAUAUUCGUGUCGUUCUCUGUGUGCGUAAGGUAUCCUAAACUGACUGAUGCGCGAAACUUCUCUAGAAAGGACGUGCAUGGCUCCUCUGUGACAACGCCACACGUGUUUGGAAAAAGGUUGAUGAUAACGUCUGGUCUGAGAUGGAAACGUAUAUUGCGCUGUUUACAUGUUCCAACACAUCCGUUUUUGGUAGACUCGAUGUUUCCGUGCCUGGUUCCAAUAAGUAGUGUUCCUGAAGUCCCUCGUUUUUUUUUUUUUUUCGCUUUCUUCGUUUAAGCGUCUACGGAAGAGCUUUAGCUAAUCGGGGGAACAGUUGCGGAGAUAUGAUCUUUCUCGCGAAAACAAAAAUAACGUGGGGCCGGCCUCAGCCCAAGUUUCCAAGACCUUUCGGGUGCAGCCUCUUACCCUGAAGUUUAUCCUUUUGCCCCCUUUCCCAACAGGAACACAUCCCGUAGGUCUCAUAUAUCGCCCCAGGGUGCGAAUGUUGGUUUGAAGACUUCCACAUUUGCACCCCUGACUGUAUAGUGUCCACAUUAUUUUAUAUUUUGUCUUCUUUAGUUGUUUCUCCUUUUCUCUCUCUCUCUCUCCUUGUAUUAUUAUUUUUUGUUUACGAGGCGCUAAAAAAUUGUGACCCCUUCGGCUUUGUGGAGCCUGUUUGAACAAACAUGUUGAAAUAAAUGAUGGAAAACUGA